AACCAAGAUAAACAAAAUGGCGGACGGACUGAGAGAUCCAAUGAUAAGCUGAAAUAACUUUAAUUUAAACCUUAAAAUUCGCUCUUUUAAGGCACAAGAAUAUGAAAAAAUGACAGUAGAUCUUACAGUUCGUACGAGAAGAAAGUUCUGUUGAAAUCAAGCUCACAAAUAUGCCUAAAAAGAAGGGRAAAGGAAAGAAAAAGGUCAAAAAGAAGAGCAAAAGCGAAGAUGUCGGACCAUCUGUAGUUGGAAAAGUAUCUAAUAAGACGAUGGUGCAACAGAUGGCUUCAGUUUCACUGAGUCCUGUACCAGUGCGAAAGGCGACUACCCAAGAAAAAUUGACUCAAGCGUUGGAGGACGCAGAGCUUCGUAAACAACAGAGAUUUAUGGGUGGCAUAAGUGCUAAAGCAUAUGAGAAGCUAACUCCUCAAGAAAUACGAGAUUUAAAAGUGGUUUUUGAUACUUUCGAUACGGAUAGAAGUGGCUGCGUAAAGCAAUGAGAGCGCUUGGGUUCAAGAUUUCCAGAUCAUCUAUUCAAUCAAUGAUCAGAGACCUAGAUGCUGAUGAAUCAGGGAAGAUAGAAUUCAAUGAAUUCCUUGAUUUUGUUGUGUCAAGGCAAGGAGAUGGACGGGAUGUUCAUGAUGAAAUUCUUCAAGGAUUCAAGAUGUUUGACACAGAUAAAACUGGACAUAUCACUUUUGACAAUUUAAAAAACGUCUCCAGGCUGUGUGGAGUGAACUUAAACGAGCAAGAACUCAAGGAAAUGAUGCAAGAAGCAGACAAAGAUGGCGACAACCAAAUCGACAGAGAAGAAUUUGUCAAUAUUAUGUUAAAAACAAACUUAUUUCCUUAGAUAACAUUGGAAUUUUUUAAUUUUAUGCAUCUUUUAAGAUUUUAGCUUUUUAUUUUGAGAGCACAGUGUACGUUUAGAGUUAAAUCUGAUGGAGAAACUCGACAUUUCUUAAGCUUCCGUAGGACAAUAUAGAAAGAAAAAAUAUGUGUUACUUGACUUAUGUGUAACAAGGAUUCAUUUCAACCUAGUAGCUCCAUGAUAAGCCAUUUUUUGAUAUAAUCUAAUCUCUUGAUGUUAUGACAACUUAUAUUUUUUUC